UUAUGAUUAAUGUCAUUUCUCCAUUCUCCGUUACUACCCAGGUUGUAUUUGGUUGCCUGACAUCAACCUUGUAAAUGAGUCAUUAGUCGAAGCCUAAAGAUUUGAUACCUCGUUACUACUACGCUUAGAUUUGCGCAGUUGCCGCUUUCUGUGAUUCAGCGCCUACAAAUACACCGCGUCUCCAUCGGUUACAUCGGACCACGUGUGCAGGAUACCCUUUGGUCGAAGUUAUUUAUUAUCUUAUUUUAUGAAGCGGUCUUUGGGGGGGGGGAAAGUAUAUUAUGAUUACUUGUCUUCCUUGACCGUGUUCUCAGCAUUACUACUUCUAUUACCCACCUCGGCAUAGCCCUUGAAUCGAGUGGCGUUGCUGCCAAGACUGCUUAGUCAUUAGUGGAACUGGAUGCCUUGUUGUUACCUGAAAAAUUCGGCACCCCCCGUUUUCCUGAGGAACCUACACCCUUCAGUGUGCCACUGAGAAGGACUCCAAGAUCGACGCCUCUCUCUUUUUUCUUAUUAUAGCGUACUCAUCUUCAACCUGAGCUCUUCACGACUGUCAACCUUUGAAAUCAGAUUAUCAUCCACGAGAGUUCCUUUCUUAGCUCGUCCUCAUCUAUCCUAACAACCCGCCUCAUCUCAAUUGACGGCGGGGUCCACUACGAUAUGGGAGACGGUUCUGAUUAUCCUAGCCCACGAAGCGAAGGUCCCGGCGGGCCUGCAACUGUCCUUGUUCCUGCUGCUCAAGAACCUCUCCCUCCAGCACCCAAAAUGACUGAUCAACUGUCUCCAAGUUUUAUGGAAGGAACUCGUCCGCGACUGUCGGUGAGACGGGCGCGAGAUCCACCCAAGAACGCUGCAGGCCAGAUUUAUUGCGACCAUCCUGAGUGUCAGCACGCGCCUCCGACGUUCCGCCGCCCUUGCGAAUGGAACAAGCACAUGGACAAACAUGACCGCCCUUACAAGUGCUUAGAACCUGGAUGUGACAAGAUUCAAGGAUUCACGUACUCGGGUGGCCUUUUGAGACACCAGCGCGAAGUGCACAAGAAAAACAUAAACGCCAAAAAGCCUUUGAUGUGCCCAUAUGCCGACUGCAAUCGCAGCACAGGUAACGGAUUUACGCGUCAAGAGAACUUAAAGGAACACCUUCGACGCCGUCAUAUGCAUACCGACAACGGACACGCGUCAGAACUAUCUAUUGUGCCAGUGCCUGAACUGGAUGGUACCGCGGCCCUUCCAGUCACCUCGCCUGUCAAGCGGAAACGUGACUCGAUCGAUUCGGUCGAAAUUCCUGACGAAGAAGAAAACGGCGUUGAUUUGCGGAAUGAAAUCAAGAGACUGCGACGCGAAGCCCAAAUGAAAGAUCGGCGGUUGGAGGAGUUGGAAAGAAUCGUUGCGGAUUUGCAGCAGAGGAUUCCGCAGACUGCCGUCUCGCAGGGAUAGGUGGGCUCGGAUUGUGGUCUCAUGAGAAAUAUUAAUCUGCAAUACGUGUAGCUCUUCCACGAGUUGACAUGUUUUCCUUUCUCUUUUCAUUUGGCUUUGCUUUUACCCCUUUGUUAUUU